AUGGCUCUCGUCAACGUUCGCCGCGAUGUCUCCGACGCCUUCUACCGCUACAAGAUGGAGAGACUCCAGACUAAGAUCGAAGGCAAAGGAAACGGUAUCAAGACAGUCAUUGUCAACCUGAGCAGCGUUGCUGCCUCUCUUGCCCGCCCCGGAUCCUAUGUCAUCAAGUACUUCGGUUUUGAGCUCGGUGCCCAGACCAACAUUGAUCCUGCCGAUGACCGCUGGAUCAUCAACGGUGCCCACGACGCUCCUAAGCUACAGGACUACCUCGAUGGCUUCAUCAACAAAUUUGUUCUCUGCAAGAAGUGCAAGAACCCCGAGACUGAUGUCGUCAUCAAGGAUAACUUCAUCGUGCUUGACUGUAAAGCUUGUGGUCAGCGUACCGACGUUGAUAUCCGCCUCAAGCUCAGCGGCUUCAUCUUGAAGAACCAGCCCAAGAAGGGCGGCAAGAAAGACAAGGCUGAGCGCAAGGCGGCCCGUAAGGCCAAGCAGUUGGCCCAGCAGAAUGGCAACAAGGAGAACGGUAACGGAAGCGGCGGAGAGAAUUCCGAGAAUGGGUCCAACGACAACUCCAACGAGAACGGCUCCAACGCCGAUGAGAACGACGCCGGUAGUGACGACGAGUUCACUCGCAGAAUCAAGGCCGAUGCUCAGGUCCUUGAUGCGAACAACGAAGUCAAGGACGACGAUUGGGCUGUCGACAUGUCUGAGAAGGCCGUCAAGGCUCGUCAGAACCAGCUCCCCGACCAGUUCCGUCAGAAGCUCGUUCUCGGAGGCGAAGAAGAGGAUGAAGAUGGAGAAGGCGGUGGAAACACCGUCUACGACGCCCUGGGCGACUGGGUCCAGCAAGAAGCUACCAAGGCUGGCAGCGUUAACAAAGUCGAUGACAUUCGGGUUUAUGUCAAAGCUAAGGAGUUGGGAAUUGAGACCAAGUACAAGACUGUCUUGGUACUUGUCCAGACUCUCUUGGAUGAGAACAUCAUCUCCCAGAUCCCGAAGCGUGCGGGAUUGCUGAAGCAGAUGAUAACGUCAGAACGCCACGAGAAGGCUCUGCUCGGCGGCAUCGAGCGUCUCUUGGCUGCCCAUGGCAAGGAGCACCCUGAGCUCAUGGCAAGUGACAAGAUCGUCAAGAUUCUUCACUUGCUGUACGACAAGGACCUGGUCAGUGAGGAUGUUGUCACGAAAUGGGGCACCAAGGCGAGCAAGAAGUACGUCGAUCUUGCGACCUCCAAGAAGAUCCGUCGUGGCGCCGAGCCCUUCCUCACGUGGCUUCAGGAGGCCGAGUCCGAGGAGGAGUCUGAGGAUGACUAA